AUGGUGCCUGCGGGAACACUCGGGACGAUCGUGCAGUCUGGCGAAGAAUUACAGAUUGAAUGGCAACUUUCAGACAGCGAGGAAGGCAAGAAUGGGGCCUCCUUGUGGGAUCUGCUUUUGGUGAGUGCAGACAGUUUUGUGGCCGGGCAGCAGGCUGGAUCAUUUGCUGAUCUCCAUCGUACGAACUCAGAAGAUGUCAGUGUGCUGACGGCGUUUUUCGAACUCAUCGUCCAGCUAGGACAACAGCACGAUGGUGGCCAGUUCGUGCUGGGGGAGAUGAAGCGUCGGUGGGGCGAGGCAAGGCUGCGUCGUUGGUGGACUGAGCACCGACUUCCUUCACCUGAAGUUUACGUAUAUCAAUUGAUAAGACAGCAGAUUGCACUACCUACGCUUCUCUCUGCAUCGAGAGAGAAUUUGGUAUCCUGGGGCAUUCGAGACCGUCACGUACGCGAGCAGAUUCUGGCGCAGAUUGGUAGCGUGGGACGUCAGGAAUUCGGAAGCGCCAGUAUGGAUGCUAGUACGAUGAAUGCGUUCGCUGUGGAUGGAGGUAUUCACUUACUGCGGCUCUUAUUGGGAGUGCUGGAUGGGUUUGUGCGUGGAGCUGUAGACGGUGGUGAGAGCAGUUGGUCAGCUGGUCAUCUUCACCUGGUUGCCGCGUCUUUCAUAGCUCUUCGAACGCUGUUGGCGACUGCUUCUGGAGUCGAGUUGUUGAUGAAUCGUUCGUUUGGUGGAGGACGAGAAGAGUGCGUCAACCUGAUUGUAAAGAGCGCCAAGAAGCUGUUUGAAUUGCAAGAACGGUUGAUGGGAGAGUAUUCAGUCGUGUUGGCGACGCAGGAAAUCUUCAUGAGUGUGGUGCGAUGGUUCCUCGCUAAGGAGGCGCAAGCACUAGCUUCAACUGACGAGGAUGCUACAGGAUCACAUGCGUUCGUUGCGACGGAAAGACUGUGGUUUGUUGGUGCGACGGAGUUUGCGAUUGAAGUGUUGUCCACUCACGAGAGCUGGAAGUUUGUAUCGAUCAGCGAACGGAUUGAGGUGACGGAACGCUGCUUCCGUCUGCUGUAUGUGCUAGUGCUUCCGCGCAAGUACAUCCACGAGCAGAAUGAAAUGGUACCAGCGUUUGAAACAGCGUUGCGCGAGACGCUGUCGACCGACAUGUCGCUGCUUAUGAAGCUGCUACGUUCUUCCACUGCUCUGCUGUCAUCGAUGGAAAGCCAACUGCCAGGAGAUGAUGAAGAUUCAAACUCUGAGGCAGAUGAGAGCGAAGCUGAGAUGUUUGAGAUCGACGUGGUUCAACUGGAGUCGCUUGUGACGACAUGCUUGCGAUUCGUGGCGUUGCUGCUCUCUAACGAGAAGAACAAUGUGAAUACUCAAGCUGCUCGAAAGAUUUUACUGACGCCGAUUGAUGGCGGCUCUAAGACACGAAGGUCGCUGACAGUUGUCACGCUUUGCGGAGUGUACCUAGGUUAUUCACUAGACGAUGCGCCUGGCAUUGCGUACUGGUCUUUGCAGAUUCUUCAACAUGCUGCUGUGGUGCUGGACUAUCGUCUGGAGCGAGAGAGUCGUGAACUUACGUCCAUGCACUCCCUCGUUGCGCUCUUCCAUGGCUACCAAGAUCCUACUCUUGUGCGUGGCACAUUCGCCUCGCUGCUGCGGGUGGCACCACCACCAGUGCGGAAGGAGGUGAUUGAAUUGCUGACGUUGUGCUUGGAACAUCAACCGGGUUUCUUAGCGCCCCUUCUCUUCGGUGGUGAUAGCAAAGAAGGCAAGGAUGACGAAGCAGAGAAGGCUGAGGGAGAUCCCUUGCCUUUCGUAUCGUUGCUGGAACGUUUCUUUGAGGCCUCCGAGAAGCUAUUAGAGCAGACAUCUGACCUCUUCUGCGCUCUACUGUCCUUCCUCGUGAAAGUGUGGGAAGGUGCCAUCCACAAUGGUCUCGGUGUACAUCUAAAAAUCAUGGCAGCUCUACGUGCGCGCUCCACGUUCUGGCCGAAUGUCACUCGAGCAUUGAAGAUCCACAUGCCGUUGGAGUCGGUCGAGGAACGCGGAUUGCUGGAUAUGGAGCUGGCUGCCGCUACUGCUCACGGCAGAGGAGUCGAGAGUCCGUCCAAUUCGUCGGACUUGUACAGUGGUCGCUCAAGUGCUUACGGAUAUCUGGCUCGCGGUCUUAUCCUCCAAUUGGUGUCGUACGAGUGGCACAACCAAGCUUCCAAGCAAAGUGAUCAUCCGUUAGUGGAUGUACUGGAGUCGUUCCGGAAAGAAGGACUGUAUUCGCAUUGGCUACGCACCUUCACACGCUUGGAUUAUUCGCCGGCACAAUUGGAGCACUACGCGUCGUCUAUCCGUCGUGCUUGCUCUCUACAAUCGUCCACCAUGAACCUCCUCAGUGACAUACCAGUGGGCUGCAUCUCACUUUACGUUGAAGGACUGAUCUGCGACGCCAGUACACUAAAGUGGCAGCUUAGUGCAGGUGGAGAUUUCAAGCUGCAGACUUCUCCAACAGAUGUUCGAGCGUUGAAGCUGGCCCAGUGGAGCAACCUGCAAGCGGCUUAUCUACAUGCACAGCUCUUCGCUUUAGCUAAAUGGAAAGUGUUCAUGGAGUUAUGCUGUCUACAGGCUGGAGCCCCGGAGACAGCACUGAGUACUGAGAAGGCGAAUGAAACGACACCGAGACGACUCAAGCGGAAGGAGUCGAUGAUCUCGUCGCCUCCACGCAGCACCAGCAGCGCAGGGAGUACGUCGAUGGUGCGGCUAUCGACUGCUCCAAGCUCCGGUAAUGUGUUAUCUUCGCGCUUUUCAGGCGAUCGCACGUCCUUCGGAAUGGUCCAGGUGCUAGCAGAUGUGAUCAAGAUUCGCGUGAGUCAGCACGAAAACCAGGACGAGACACUCGACUAUUUCGUGCUGGUUCAUCUGCAUGAUCUCAUCAAGCUCUUGGUGUCGAUGCUUCAUCAUCAAUUGUGUCUCGUUGUUCGCAAGACUCGUGACCCGAAGUUAUCGCAGACGCGGCAUCGUCUGGAAGGCUCUAACGACUCGAACGUCAAGUUUGACGCCGCGACGACAUAUGAGUUACUGACUGUCAUUGAGAAGACCGCGAGUGCAGUGCACGACUCGAUGACGCAGAUCGCGCGCGAACUGGACCUGGUGCGUCAAGGCUCCAAUAGUAACUCGACGCUUGGCUCUAGAGAACUGACUUCACUGCCGCUACUUACUCGCCUGGUGACGGACUUUGAGAAGAAGGUGGAAGCAGUGACUGACGGACUGUAUACGUCACUGUUCACUGCGGCGUUGCUGCUUGUGCGUCACUUAAGCAAGGUCAAUGGCCACCCGAGUCUCCACGACGGAGACGCAGACAUGGAGAGUAUGUCGCUGCCCAAGCCUCUGCUGCAGGUGAAGCUGAUUACACACUGUAUGAACGUCAUCAGUCUAUGCGACGGCCGACCAACUCCUACGAAACCCACGCAAGCUCUGUUCCAGUUGAGCUGGUGCUUGUUCCAGGAGGUCCUCGACAGCUUCAGCAGCGUCGACUCUUCCAAGCCGAAGUUGCGGAUGGCGACUGCAGUGCAACUUAAUCCGUUCGUGAAGGAGCUGGAGCACGACCAACAUGACAUCGGCGCUCUGUUCCACUUGCUGGUGCAGCGCUUCCGUCCUUCCUCGUACAGCAAGGAAGUGGCUGCGAGACAAGAGGAAGCAUGUCAAGUGUUACGUGGUCUCACUGCAGUCGUGUGGAAUCCAGCGAACAUUGAACUGUGCCAGCGUGUGAUGCUGAAGAACAACAGCUCUCGCUUCCGACUGCUGUCAUUGCUAGCGACGGAGUUGCUGCCACUGCUCCAGACUCAGAUGGAACGCGAAGAAACCAGCAGCAAGUUACGCGGUUACGUGGCUUCGUUGUCUGACGACAUGGAAGAGAGAAGCGUGGAUCGGUCCGUAGCACACCGCAUGUGGUGUCUUGUGCUAGACUUCGUGGCCGGUUUGCUGCGUAUGUCUAGCAGUGUCGACGAUGCUGAUGUGUGGGAGUUUAUGUCGCAUGCUGAAGCGCUGCUACUAGCGGCAGUCCAGCCUUCAACCUGCCAGCGCUUGACACGCGCUGUAGUUACCGAACACCAGGCGGUUCUUCGACUACUCAGCGCUCUCAGUGGAACUUCGUCGAGACGGCAACGUUGGCGUCAAGCGUUCCCAUCAAACGUCGUUGUGUUGAUGGAGCAAAGUCGCCAACUACUGCGUCGUGCUUGUGUGUUACUGGGCAGUUCAUCGGCUGAAAUGACACGUUUACGCAAGGAGAAAUCCCAGAAGCAAAAGGUGAAGUCGCCCACCAAAGCCAUCGUGGGUUUUGGCGCGAGUCUGACGCCUAAGUCGCCACGUUCGCCUCGAUCUCCGUCGGCGUUUACGUUUGCACAUCAGACGCUGCUACAUGACCAGUUGCAAGCUGUUCGAGAGACUGAGAAGCGGAAAUUGACAGACUUCCAUCGAGCAAUGGAGGUGGAGCUAGUGGAGAUUGUGCGGCUAUCGAGUCUGUUGCUGGCCAAGUGGACGGCGUCCUUGACAGAUCGAGAUGCCAUUCUGGUGGUGGAUGGCGUGCGGUAUGUGGACGAAGAGCAGCUUGUGCCGUUGCUAGCGUUUAUUCCACCCAGUGAGGCGCGCUCCAUGAAAAGUAACCCGGGGUUGGGCCACUUGAGUCUAGCGAUGGACUUUAUGCUCGAUCAGCUGCUGGUGGAUGAGGAUACACAGCCGAAAGUAGCAGAGAAAACUAAGAAGGUGUUGGCGAACGCGAUUGAUUCGUGCGCCCUGCUGUUCUUGAAGACGUAUCUGCUGCAUACGGAGCAGUACGAGCUGGCCAAACGCGACCGUGACGAGCUCAAGAAUUUUUUCCGGCAGUUUAAUGCUCGAGUAGACGGAGAUGAAGGAGGCAACGUUGGUGCUGACGUGCAGUUACUGGAACACAUUGGCAAGAUUAUUGCUGGAUGAGAUGUUGUAGCAAGGACCACGCGGGACAACCUAGAGCCGUACUGGUAAACUACUUGGUACUGUUUGAAGAACUAUGGAGGUAAUACACUGACAUGGUUUGAGUUUAAUCGCAGCACAGUUUGUACGAGAUAUCACCCAUGUUUCGGGGAGAUUACUUCUCUAUUAUAUGGCCCCUCUGAGUCAGGAGUUAAUUACUUUCGAAACAACGAGUGCUGUCAAUACCGUCA